CUCCUGGUGCCUUAUUUUGCCUGUGACUGACAUUCAUGAACGAUUUCACUGGAAUCAUUCAUGCAUGAUGUCAUCGUGCUGUGAAGACAUCCUCCUGUCUUUCUUUGAAUGUUGCUGGCUGCUUUGCUCGCUGGCUGGCUUUACUAAUCAGCUAUGUGCUUUUGCUCAGCAGGGGAGGAGGGGGUAGAGGAGGAGGAGGAGGAGGAGGAGGAGCAUGAGGAGGAGGCAGAGGAAGAGGCUGUGCAGGGAGAGGACGAACCUGCUGCAGAGGAGGAGGCCAACGAAGAACAAGAUGCAGAAGGCGAAGCGGAGGAAGGAGAAGAGGAAGAGGCCAAACCAAAGUUCAAGCCAUUUAUCAUGCCCAACCUCAUCCCUCCUAAGAUCCCAGAUGGAGAGAAAGUGGAUUUUGAUGAUAUACAUCGUAAAAGGAUGGAGAAGGACCUGAUGGAGCUUCAGACUUUGAUCGAGGUUCACUUUGAGAGCAGAAAGAAGGAAGAAGAGGAGCUCAUUAAUCUCACGGAUAGGAUUGAGAAGCGCCGUUCUGAGCGAGCAGAGCAGCACAGAAUCCGCAGUGAGAGAGAGAAAGAGCGACAGAAGCGCCUGGAGGACGAGAGAACUCGUAAGGAGGAGGAGGAGGCCAAAAAGAAGGCAGAGGAUGACGCUAAGAAGAAGAAAACCCUCACCAGCCUCCACUUUGGAGGCUACAUGCAGAAGUUGACAGAAAAACGGAGUGGUAAGAGGCAGACUGAAAGAGAGAAGAAGAAGAAGAUCCUGAGUGAAAGACGCAAAUCUCUGGACAUUGAGAACAUGAAUCAGGAAAGACUCAAGGAGAAAGCUAAAGAGCUGUGGGAGUAUAUGUACCAGCUGGAGGCAGAGAAGUUUGAACUGCAGUACCAGUUGGCGAGCCAAAAAUAUGAGAUUAAUGUGCUGAGGAACCGUGUCAGCGACCAUCAGAAAAAUUCCAAGAGGACCAAGAGAGGCCUGAGGAAAUAGAAGCUGACCGGCUGAGUAAGCAGUUUAACCAUCAGACCCGUCCUGCAGCUACCACCUAAAACCAAGCCCUGGCUUUCCUGCCACACCCCAGUCCCACCUGUUUCCCUAAUACGAUCACCUACUGAACCAAUUAUAUCCAGAUUUCCAGCUCCACCUCACCUUUCUCUCCUCUUUGGAUCCUUUGUCUUUAAGGGUGUAAAUAAAUCCAUCUCAGUCUCAA